CGGCCGGAAGUGCUCCUUGGACGAACAUCAAAGUGGUGUCGCGCAAUGAAUGUCCAUAUAUCAUCAUCCCCCCGCCACCGCCCCCUUUGCCGUUCCUAAAGCGCCCCGGUGACAUCAUUAAAAACCUUCCUUCCGUCCGACGCUGUGUGGAGCUGCUUCGGCCGAACGUGCAGACAAAAGCAACAAAGUGAAGCCCCCAGUCCGGAUCAAUCAAAUGUGGCACAAUUAACCGUUUAUGGGCCGAAACGCUGUGGCAACACUUCACGGUUGUGUGUGGAGAGGUGGAACUAUUUGGGUUAUAAAUGGAGAGGGACAAGGUGGCAUUCUGUGACCCGAACAGCCACACAAACAUAACAACACCUGCAUGAGAGCCGCCCAGCCAAUGACCCGAAGUAAUCCCAUUUGACAAGGCAGACCUGACGAACAAGACAGAAAUCUUUAGGCUGCUGCCAUGGACAGGCAGGAAGAGGUGUCUCGCGUGAGUGAGGAUUCACUCAAUAGCUCCAUAGAAAAGAAACGAGAGGCAAAAGGGACUUGCCUGAAAAUCGAGGGGCAGGAUGGAUACGUCUUUAAAUCCUACAGCAUGAAGCCACGCGAGACAACUGAUGCAAAUUCAUCGUGUUUCUCAAAAACACUGGACAAAGACCUUUUCUGCUCAAGCCAUCUUUCUUCUCAGGGUGACAAACAGUUGGAGUCUGACGCAAAAAAAGAAACUGAUCCGGCCUCUCCAUCUCUUUCAAGCAAAUGGCUCAGCAUCCAUCCAGACGAAAAUACAGACAAUGAAAAAUAUGAAAAUGAGCCCACUCAGCAUAUCAAAGAUGAAAGUCGAGAUACAAAUGAUUUAGAGGAUGAAACACAAGAUUUUGAAAGACUAGCAUUUGGUAGCUCAUUUGGACCGUUUUUGACUCGAGAUGGGGACGACUAUAGUAAUUUAUUAAGUGGCUAUACGAGCACUCUUUAUGAUGUUGCAAUGGAUGCUGUCACCCAGAGCCUUUUGGCAUCGAUGAGAAGUCAAAGCAACCCACGGAAAAAAUCUCCCGCAUGGAAUCAUUUCUGUAUAUCGCCGAGGGACAAUACCAAAGCAAUCUGUUUAUAUUGCAUGAAGGAGUUCAGUCGGGGCAAGAAUGAAAAAGACCUCAGUACCAGUUGUUUGAUGAGGCACGUACGAAGGGCUCACCCGACGAUGCUUUUCCAAGAGGGAGCAGAUGCACCGACACCAAAUCUGAGUACUUCAGCCUCCUCCUUGAUCCCUUCGUCCCCAAACUCGCCAAAAAACGGAGACAUAAACAGCUUGCUGUACUCCGGGUCAAAAAACACUUCACCGUCCACAUCCUCGGCUGAAAAUUCAGACUUGUCAUCCAAAGAAGUGUUGUCCAAAGUUGAACCAAAACUUGAACCAUUUUCUAACAUGGACGCAAUCUACAGUGCGCUUGACUCUUCACAUUCCAGUGAAAACAACCUCGAAGAGAUAUCUGACGCAGGGCACGAGCGCCUUCCGAGCAACCCAAAAAGCUCGAGUUCCCGUCGGAGAUCGGCCGUAUGGAAACACUUCUACCUUUCACCCGUGGACAGUUCCAAAGCGGUAUGCAUCCACUGCAUGAAUGAAUUCAGCAGGGGCAAGAAUGGGAAAGAUCUCGGGACGAGCUGUCUUAUUCGUCAUAUGUGGCGGGCGCACAAAGAGGUUGUCAUUGAGGAAAAUGGACUGGGCAAUCACAUUCCUCCACCCUACUCAAACCCGUCUUCACUGCUGUCACGCACACUGUUACAUGACCCGCUGGACAUAAAAAAGGAAUCGCCUCUUCUCCCGUCUUCACCGGAAACGAUAUUAGAUGAGCUACCGCAGACUACGGUGGAAAGCAUGGAUAUCAAAGAGGAAUCUGACGAGGCGAUGCUUCUGACUGAACAGGAGUCCUCUCUCCAUCUGCCCGGUGCUCACGGGCAGGAUACGCCCUCAACCUCCUCACCAUGUGAUCUCUCUGAGGUUCCCAGCCACAACCAGAAUCAUGUUAUUUUCGAGCAAAACAAGAAAAUCAUGAAACGGGUGAAAUCAGAAGUUUGGCAACAUUUCAUUGUGUCACCAGUUGACCAGUUAAAAGCACUGUGCCGUUACUGUCCGUGCGUCAUCAGUCGAGGGAAACGGGGGGACUUUGGUACAAGCUGUCUAAUGAGGCACCUCAUGAGGCGCCACCCAGACGUCCUCCAAAACCAAAAAGCUGCAGAUGACAAAGAGCCCUCCCCCCAACCCUACAUCACACCAGACGACGUUUCAGCCAAAGAAACUGAAAGCCCCGCCAGCAAGAAAAAGCCACAAACUGUUUUCAGUAAGAAGACAUCCAAACUGUGGAACCAUUUUUCAAUUUCACCCGCUGACCCCACCAAGGUGGUUUGUUUGCACUGUAGCCGCACUAUUAGCAGAGGCAAAAAGACUACUAACCUCGGCACAAGCUGCCUCUUCAGGCACAUGCAAAGGUUUCAUGGACAUUUUCUUGAAAGCAACAACGCUAUCUCAGGUGAAGCACCGUCUGCUGGAAUUCACGUCAAACAAGAGCUCCUGGAUAUGUCGGUUUACAAAACGGAACAGAACCACGGGAGGUUUGAUGAACACCACCCGGUUGCCAAAAAAAUUACCAAACUUAUUGCUGAAAUGCUUGCACUGGAUCUUCAGCCAUCAGCUAUGGUGGAGAAUGCUGGACUGAGCAGACUUCUCGAGUACCUCCAGCCUCAGUAUUGUCUCCCACCCUCCUCUUACUUUACCAGCACUGCAAUACCAGAGAUGUAUGAAAAGGUGAGGGACGUUGUGCUGACACAUCUGAAAGAGGCCGAGGGUGGAGUCGUCCACUUCACGACGAGUAUUUGGGUCAGCAGCCAGACAAAAGAAUACUUGACCCUCACUGCCCACUGGGCGACGUACGAAUCGAGCGUCAGACCCCAGGGCCAGGACUUUCACUGUUCAGCUCUUCUCAGCGUGUCCCAAAUAGACUGUGAUCAAGAUAUGCAUGACAUCCCCAAGCAGCUCGAGUAUCUGUGGGAUUCUUGGAUCACGUCACCGGGUCUGAAGAGGGGUUUCACUGUAACUGAUAAUGCCAACAUAAGAAACAAUCUGGAGGACCACGGCCAUGUCACUGUGCAGUGUUUUGGCCACACCAUCGACCUCAUUGUUAGUGAAGCCAUAAAGAGCCAGAGGAUGGUUCAAAACCUUCUGAGUAUCGCUCGGAAGAUCUGCGAACGUGUGCACCGCUCGGCCAAGGCUAAAGAGAAGCUGGUCGAGCUCCAGAGGGACCACCAGUUACCAGAGAACCAACUCAUUCAGGACAUCCCCUCGAAAUGGAGGACCUCCUUCCUAAUGCUGGAGCGGCUGGUGGAACAAAAGAAAGCCAUUGACGAGAUGUCAAUUGAGUGCAAUUUCAGGGAAAUUAUCAGCUGCGACCAGUGGGAGGUGAUGCAGUCCGUCUGCAACGCGCUGAAACCUUUCGAGGUCGCCUACCGGGAAAUCCGCAACCGCACUGCCACUCUGGGACAAGUGAUACCGCUCAUUCACAUCCUGAAUAGAAAGAUUGACCUGCUAUUCGACGAGACCGUGGGCAUAGACAACAUGCUCAAGUCUCUCAAAGAAGCCAUGGUAAGCAGGAUGUCGGCCACUCUGAACGACCCGCGCUUCACCUGGGCGACCAUGCUGGACCCACGAUACAAGACUUCAUUAUUCACUGAGGAAGAAGGAGAACGAUGUAAGCAAGAGCUGAUCCAGGAGCUGGACCUGUUUUCUUCUACCUCUUCACUGCCCAACGCUUGUAACGAGGCCCCGGUGUCUGACGGCGUCCCUUCCCACAGGGACAACAUCUGGUCCCUGAUGGCAGACUUGAGGCAAAAAGUGAAACACGAGGAAAAACCAAAGUCCUCCGAACUGGCAGUGCUGGAGUACCUCGAGGAGGACAUACUUGAUCAAAGCUGUGACCCGCUCGACUACUGGAACCUGAAGAAGUUCCUGUGGCCCGAGCUCGCCAAAGUAGCCGCCCGUUACGUGGGCUGCCCUCCCAGCACCGUCCCGGCCGAGGCACUGUUCAGCACGGCGAGCGUCAACUGUGUCCUGAACCAUCCCAGGCCUACGCUGGAAAACAUGGAGGGUCUGCUCUUCCUCAAGGUCAACCUCCCGCUCAUUUAUUUUAAAUAUUGAUGAAACAUUAACUUGAAAAGCCCUUUUAUUAAUUAAGGACCAAGAGACAUACAGUAGCUGUGAAUUGGGGUGUUCUAUUGUGUGAUGUACAGUAUCACUUAAACAUUGAUCUUAUUUCAAUGCUGCAGCCAGGUUUGUUUGGAUCGGGGGGGGGGGGGUGGAUUGGGUUAAUUGUAUUGUGUGUACUACUGUUUGAACACUUUGAAGAAGUUUUCAUGAAAAGUCUCAGUGAGAGGUGCAUCAGGGAGGGAGGGGUUUUGUAGCUGUAGGGGUUGUGCGUUUGCUCAUUAAUAAGUGUGUGUUUUUUCUCUCGACUCUCUCCUUGUGCCUUAUCCAAAUGUACUUCAGGUCAAACUGCUGUAAAUAUUAUAGUGAAUCUGCGCAAUCCACUUCAGGUUUGCCGCUGAAUAUUCUCGAUUACUGAUGCAGAGUUUUCUUGAUGAAAACAAGGCCCAAAAAUAAAUGCUGUGACUGAAAAAGUUUUAACUUAAUAUUAUUUAAUUUUCAUUGUGUAAUUGUGGCUCAUGGUACUGUCAUUUAGAGAUUGACACAUUUUUACUUGAAUUGUUUUAAUAAGACUUAAGAUAAUGCUGUAUUUUCAAGAAUUAAGAGGUUUGGAAUAUACAAUGUCUCGUAAUAAGCACAAUUUGGGUUUAUGUUGGGAUUAAUUUAUGGGUUUGAGUCAAGAAAUGUACUGUGCAUUUUAUAAGAAAUUCUGAACUUGAUUUGAUAAAUGUUUUAGAAUUUAACUGGAACCACGCAAAUAUUGCGGCCCGUUGUAAAUAAAGGUUUUCCUUAUGUUACGCGA